AUGUACACAGGCAUUUAUCAUACCAAUGUCACUCUCCACUUUUACAAAUCCAAUUCUGUUGCGUCGAACCCGAAGAUAAGCAGCAGAUUAGGGGUUGCUGGAUUCCAGAGAAGAGACCAAACACCUGCGGAUUUGAUAAUUCCGUUAUGUGACGAAGGAAAUAGAGGUUUCUGGUUCAUGAUCGAGAAUCCCGAAGAAACUGACUCUAAGAGAAUUCAAAUUCCGUCCUACACUCGUCGGAUUGUGCUGGAACUACGGGAGGUUCCAUUUCCGGUGAUCUUUACAGGUGGAAUCAAUCCCUUGUUCUGGGAACCAGUUGUUGCAAUCGGUGCAUUCAUUCUAUCUUCAUAUGACAUGGACUUGACACCAUCUCUCGGGUUGCUUUUGGAUGGAAAGUCUCAUGAGUUUUCACUCGGGGUCAACGAUGGGAUAUCGUACUGGCUUGUGGACGCUAAUUUGCACCUCUGGUUGGAUCACAGGUCGUCCAAUGUUGAAGCUGGGUCUGGGCGGUACGAUAGUCCAAGCCGUCACAUGGUGGGACAAGAAAAGUUGGAAGAACAGCUUGAUGGGACUUUUAAGGUUGAAGCAGAGGUACACAGUGAAUUUGACGGGUGGGUUAAAUCAAGUGAAGGUAACCUGACCACCGUGGUCAAAAGCAUGUUCAAAGUUGGCAACUUGGUGAAGUUCGAGCAAAACGGAUCAUACAAGAGGGUAGAGCAAAGUGUGAAGACCAAGCGGGUCGUGGAGGUGACUUUUGAAUCAGGAGAACCGGUGAAGCGGGUUGUUCAGCAGCGGACAUAUUCACUCACGGUGAUUACUUCCACUCGUUGA